AUGGCCGCCGAAUUUGUCGGCUUGCAGAUGGUGGUGACGCUGCACGGCGUUCCACCAAGGCGCCUCAAGGGAACCAUCAGCGAUGUUGAAGCCGGCGCCGGCCUGACCCUCAGCAAUGUCUGGAUGCUCGACACCAACGAGUGGAAGCCGCGCUUGACGAUCCCCUCGAAAGACAUCGCCGACGUGACCCAGGUCCCGACCGUCCCUCCGCCGAAUGCCGUGCCUGUCGCGGCCCCGUCAAAUUCUGCCCCGCCUCCACCUGCACCAGCUGUUGCCCAGCAGCCGCCGAGGCCUACGUUCGUGGACCCUGCGAUUGUAGCAGUCGGCAAGCCACCCUCCGCAGUACCUCCACCGAGUCGCGCGCCCGAGCUCAGUUCGCUCCCUGGUCUAAGCACGACUACUGGCCCGGCCCCAGUAGUCCACCCCACCGUUCAAGUCGCGAGCACGUCCCGGGAGGUCACGCCAACGAGUGCGGUCGCCGCGAACUUCAAGGGGCUGAAGCUUAGGGGCGAUAGUGCAACCGCCGAAGCCGCCCAGGAAGUGGAGGAUGCUGAGGCGCCUCUCGACUUCGGGGAGGUUGUCGGCCAGCAGAAGACCCGGCGGGUGCGGAAGGCCCGGAACGCGAAACCGCCAACACGGGAGCAGGACGACGCAUCUCCGGCUCCUUCGGCCAAGACGGCGGGCAGAGGGAAGGGCUGGCGGCAGACGCCUAUUCUGCAGAGCACGGCAUCCUUCCAGCCGUUUGACUCGCUCAAGCGGAAUGGCAAAGGCCGGCAUGCCGUCGACAGCGGAUGGGCCUCCGAGGAUGUUACCGACGUUCAGGAGAUGGGCGACUUCGACUUUGAGGGCGGCCUGGCCAAGUUCGACAAGCAGAACCUGUUCGCGCAGAUGAGGAAGGACGACCUGAUCGACGAGGCCGAGCGCUUGGUGUCGCAUAACCGGCUGCCUCGUCCCAAACCGGGGACGGGCGGCGGGAAGAACCUGCACUACUCGGAAAACCUCCCGACGCCGGCCGCGGCCCAAGGCCUCUACGUGCUGCCGUCGAACCGCCGUAUCGAGACGGUCUCGGCGCUGCAGAUGCUGAACCUCGAGAACAUUGCUCACAACGAGAUCGGCCUGACGGAGGAGAUGAUGACGGAAAACGCCGGGCGCGGCAUCGCCGAGGUGACGCUCACCGCGCUCGCGGACCCGGCCAUCAAGGUCCGCCUCGCCGGCAGCGUCGACCCGGCCACGGGCGCGUCCCCGCCACCACCCGCCGUGGUCGUCCUGGCGGGCAACAACAAGUCCGGCAGCCGGGCGGUGGCGGCGGCGCGGCACCUGCGCAACAAGGGCGUCAACGUGCUGGUGUGCGUGGCGGGGCUCGAGCGCGGCGAGCGCGACCUGCUCGAGGACGUGCAGCAGCAGGUGCGGCUGUACCGCAACCUGGGCGGGCGCGUCUUCACCAAGACGGACUUCUUCGAGCACCUGCGCAAGAUUAGCAUCCCGACGCUGACCAUCGACACGCCGCGCACCUCGUCGUCGCUGAGCGCCCCCGCGCCGCCGGUCGCGCUCAUCGUCGACGCCCUGCUCGGCCUCGCCAUCUCCUUCGACGAGCUCCGCAACGCCGACCAGGCCACCGUCUACGAGCUGAUCGAGUGGGCCAACCGCAACGAGGCCUUCGUCCUCUCCCUCGACGUCCCCAGCGGCAUCGACCCCUCCUCGGGCGCCGUCAGCGUCGUCGACGGCGCCCGCCUGUACGUCAAGCCGCGCUACGUCGUCGCCGUCGGCGCCCCCAAGCGCGGCCUGCUCGAGGCGCUGGUCGCGGCCGACAACGACGACGGGGACAAGACGGUCCUGGCGGGCGCCGACGGCGCCGGCGCCGGUGCCGGCGGCCUGGGCGGCGGCGGCGGCGGCGGGCCCCUGUGCGACGAUGCCGUCCUCGAGUGGAAGCUGUUCCUCGUCGACAUGGGGCUCGGCCAGGCCGUGUGGAAGAAGGCGGGCACGAGGAUGCGGCGGGGCGUCGAUUUCGGCGAGCGCUGGGUCCUGGAGAUGGUGUACAGGGGGUCUCUACCGGCCGAGGAGGCAGAUGAGGAGGAGGUUUGAGAGAGAAGAGAGGUGUCGCGGCGUGGCGGAUCGUGUCUGUCUGGGUGAUGUCUCGCUCGUUCGUUUGGCGACGGCGGUUGGCGGUUUACACUACAUACGGUAUACUCAUUGCAUGAACGGCGGUGUCUUUGCCUGGUUGGGUGGCUUGGGUCAAUAUCGAGCACGGCGUUGAGCGGGUCCUGAACUAUAGCAUUUCUUGGUUCUGUAUGCACUGCAGCACGAGAGCGGAGUUCGAUUGCGGAUGGGCAACUCUGAGCAUAGAUACACUGAUCCACUGAGAGAGAGAAGGCUUGCUUGGCAUUUAGAAGAAAUCAGGUUUCAGGUUGGAAUGGAAAAGGAAAAGCAAGUUUAUGGCAGU